AUUAUAGUUAUACCAUGCUUGAUAUCAUAUGUUGUCUAGCAUCACCUUUGUUGGUGUUUCAACAUGGAGAAAUUGUUUCAAGUUAAACGCAAUUUCUUGAAGUUUCUGACAAAACAACCUGCGGCGGCUUUGGUGGUGGCCUUUCAGAACCCGACUAGGAUGAGUCCAUGUCGAUCACCCGCACGUGUGGUUUCGAUAAUUCCGAAGGAAGCGCGUAGGAAGCACAAGGGCGAAACCUUUAGCGCGAGAGAGCCCACAUCGCCCAAAGUGUCGUGCAUGGGCCAAGUUCAGGGCAAGAAGAGGAAGGCCCGAAAACAGAAAAGGGCCCAGGCCCAGGACCAGGCCCAGGCCCAUAAGGAUCCAACCAAAAACACUAACUCAAUUGGUGAAAAGAAGGAGAUUUUGCUUUGGAUUCAGAAGGGAAGUGAUGAGGGGCGAAAGCGUAAGGUGUUGGAAGAGAAGAGGGCAUCGGGCACGGUGGAAGCCCCGUCGUUGAAUACGAUGAAGAAAUUUGCUAGUGGAAGAGGAUCUUUGUAUGAUUUUGAUGUUACAAUUGCAGAAAGGUGAAUGUCACUUUCAUUGGCUGUAAACAAAAAUAAUAAUACAUGUUUUCUAUUUUCCCUUUUUCUUUUUUCAUCAUUAAACUUGUAAAUUAUGUUUGAAUUUUAUAGAUGAAAUGAUGAAAGCUUAUUCAUUUAA